AAGAUAGCAGAUCACAAUAGCCUAUAAAACUGAAAGGUUAGACAAUGAAACUGAUAAUACUAAAUGAAAAGAUAAUAAAAAUAAACCUUUAUUUGGAAGAGUGUUAGAAUCAGCUUCACCUGUGCAGCUGCGGUGGCUUGAAACAGUGAUUGUGUUACCAACCACUGCCUCAGCGCUCUGUUCACAGUACAAAACACUGACCCAAAUGGAGCUAAAAGUUAAGGUUGUUCAGAGUACGACACACGUGUUGCACACUAUCAAUUUCAAGUCCGCUAGGUCGAUGAUUUAACAUGAGACUAGAAGAACUGACUCUAGAAGUCACAAAUUGCACACAACAGUAUUGUGCAGUACUCAAAUGUGUUUGAGUCUGAUGAGGGGGAACAACACGAUCACUCCACCUGCCUGUCCGGUGGGGGAAUCGAACCGGCGACCUUCCGAAAGCAAGCCCAUUCUCCAACCUCUAGGCCACGCCCGCCCCCGACACGCUUGUUUUUGAUGACCGAUGAAAUGGAACUCUUAAAAGUCCUGGAACUCCUGUGCUUUGAUGGCUCUGAUGUUUCACAGCGAAAACAUUCCGCUGUAGUCUCAUCAGGUGUUCCUUUGAUACCAACACAGCAGUUUGCACUACGAUCUCCACCAGAUUCGACGGCAUCACACAACGUUUCUGACAAAACCACUCGUACGACGUUUUGACGACGCGAUCCUUCAGAAAUAUUCCUUUUUCUGCGACCAAACAAGCUUCCUUGAAUUCAGCUGUUGUAUCUUUUCAGUUACAAUGGACAGAGGAGAUGGACCCCACAACGGUGCUAACCACAAUGCUCCUGACCUCGUUAUGCCAGACUUAGGAGACGGACCCCACGUUGGCCCUAACCAUGCUGGACCGGUACAUAACCCACAGCAGGAAAUACUGCAGGUCAUUGAACAGUAUGGGCGAUUUGACGCUCGAACCAUUCACUGGCUGCGGUACGUCCUCAUCAAUGGACUUGUGAUGGAAGCCAUUGCUUACCUGAGACAAAUUAGAGAUGAACUGGCUUACAAUAAUUAUGAUGACUAUGAGGAAGAAGAUGAGGAAGAUGAAGAAGAUGAAGAAGAUGAAGUUGGUCAACAGUUUGAAAAUGCUCCUGCUGAGCCUCGAGUUCACUUGGAGGUCAACCGUCCCGUGGAAGCAGAAGAUCCCCUGCCUGGAGGAUCCAGGAGGAAUGAACUGCCUGGUGCCAUCUCUGACAGUGACGUCGACAGUGAUGCUGAGGAAGAUGCACCCUCCACCAGCUCAGUGCCUGGAGGAUCAAGGAGGAGGUCAAGAGAGGAAGAUGAAGGAGAUAAGAUGAGCAGGAAACGAUUCAGGUUCUGGAAUGAUGCCGUCUCAGACAGUGACGCUGACAGUGACGCUGACAGCGACGCUGACAGCGACACAGACAGCGACACAGACGAUGAAGAACCAGUGCGAGCACAUUCUUCUCGCCAACUGUCUGGAGGAACCAGCAAGAGGAGAAGAGAGGAGGAGGAGGAUGAUGACGACGGCAGAGGCAGCAAACAACCCAAACGCCGACGCUAUUAGACUUUAUCUUAAAAUAAAAAUAUAAAAUACAAUAUUUCUCUAUGAAAUGUGGUGAAGUAGAGGUAUGAAAUGUAAAGCAUAAGUUGUAUAUAGUAAAUUUAUAAGGAUAAAUUUGACUCAAACUUAAAA